UGUUAAAGGCUUAUUAAACACUAGCUCAGCCUCGGCUGGAGCGUCGUGUCCAGUUCUGGGCCCCUCGCUUGUUGAAGGAUGUUGAAGGCUUUGGAGAGAGAGUGGAAAAGAUUCACGGGAAUGGGUCCCAGGGAGGAGGAACGUCAGUCACGUGGAUAGAUUGGAGAUGUCGGGACUGUUCUCCUCGGAGAGGAGAAGGUUCGGUGGAGGUUUGAUCCAGGUGCAGAGGUCCUGGUGCAACACGAUGAACUCGCGGAGGAUGAGCAGCCGGCCUGUCGCCCGCGCCCUGCUGGGCGGCGCCCGGCCUGGACAGCAGAGCCGGCUCCUCGCGGUGGCCGCCGGGGUGCGACACAGCAGCACGGAUUCUCCCUCGCAGGUCUUACCGUCCCUCGGCACCGCCCCCACCUCGGAGAUGGUCCAAUCGACUGUAGGCCCCGCCCCCUCCGCGGAGAUGUUCCAAUCGGCCGUCGGCCCCGCCCCCACUUCUGAGUUGUUCCAAUCAGCCGUCGGCCCCGCCUCCACUUCUGAGUUGUUCCAGUCGGCCGUCGGCCCCGUCCCCUCCGCAGAGGUGGUCCAAUCGGCUGUCGGCCCCGCCCCCUCAGUGGAGACCGUCCAAUCGGCCGGAGAUCUCCUGCGGGAGGUGGGGCUGGUGGAGUUGGGCCUGGGCGGGUACACACCGGUGGGCCUGGUGCAGAACAUCCUGGAGUUCAUCCACCUGGACGUGGGCCUCCCUUGGUGGGGGGCCAUCGUGGCCGGGACGGUACUUGCUCGCACUCUGGUCUUCCCUGUCAUUGUGAAGGGUCAGCGAGAGGCUGCAAAACUCAACAACCAUCUUCCCGAGAUGACCAAACUGACCAAUAAGAUGAACGAGGCCAAAACCAACGGCAACAAGUUUGAGUUUGCUAAAGCAUACUCUGACCUGAUGCUCUUUCAGAAGAAACACGAUGUUAACCCGCUCCGUGGAUUCCUGGUGCCUCUCGUCCAGGCCCCCAUUUUCAUCUCGUUCUUUGUGGCUUUGCGUCAGAUGGCCUACCUACCCGUGCCCAGUUUACAGACAGGAGGCUUAUGGUGGUUCACAGACCUCACGGCGCCCGACCCGUUCUACCUGCUGCCGAUAAUCGUCACCAGCACGAUGUGGGGCAUCAUCGAGCUUGGUGCUGAGUCGGGUGUGGAUAAUCCUAAUCUUCGCACCAUGAAGGUUGUGUUCCGGAUAAUGCCGUUGGUCAUUCUCCCCUUCACCAUGUCCUUCCCCACGGCUGUCUUCACCUACUGGCUGACCUCCAACAUCUACUCGCUGGUCCAAGUGGGAUUCCUGCGCAUUCCGGCCGUCCGGAGGAAGCUGAAGAUUCCGGAGCGCAUCAAACACGACCCCUCGGUGCUGCCUCGCAGCGAGGGCUUCCUCAAGAGUAUGAAGUCGGGCUGGAAGAACGCCCAGGCAGCACAGCAGCUCGAGGAAAGGGAGCGGAGAAUCAAACAUCACCUGGACCUCGCAGCCAAAGGACCCCUGAGGCAGACGUUUGCACAGAACCCGCUCAAGCAGACAGAGCCCUCCCCUCGGACUCUGGGGGGGAGCAGCCAAAGCAAGAAACGCCCGUGGCAGGACACAAUCGGCUAGAGGCCGCCGUGUGGAACAGAAACCCUUUCAUUAACCUUGUUUGGAGAUUGACUUUCAAUUAAAAACUGAUUAUGUUUCA